AUGGAAGGAUACGCGAAAGUUGCACGCUUGAUGGCCAAGUAUGAGGAAUUUGCCAUCCUGAAACGAUUCAAAGCCCUCAACUACCAGAACCUGCUCUACCGUCAAGCUGAAAUCACUUAUCUUCAAGAGGACCUGGAGAAGCUUGCUGAGAGAAACGCCACUGAUUCAGCUCGGCAGUAUUAUACUAAGGACUGGUGGGCUUUGGCUCACACCGAAACGAAGCAGGAGGGAGGUGAACAGUGGCGCAAGGUGCAGCAGAUCAGGGAAAAGCUUGACGAUUACAAUGACCAGCUCUUCAAGCUGGCUACCCUUGCCAAACUCGACGGGCCCGCUUCACCUGACCUGAGGUUCCUCAGAGAUUGGUUUGAAAGACGAGACAUGGGCUUCUUCCCCAUCUGGGGUCUGGAUAAGAAGUCCUGGGAGGACGAGGAAGAUUUGAUCGCCAUAAAGCCCCGUUUGCUCCAAGAUCCGGUCACGCGUUUCUUCGAAGCCCUUAUUUCUUUAUUUCACCGAUUCUUGGGGGAAAAGCUGAAGGACCCUGAGAGCCCCGAAUUGGGUGACUCGAUUUAUCACUACAAGAAGUCGCUUCUCUUCGGCGCGGCUGAUAUCUUCACAACAGUGAUCGCAUCACUACUCCCAAUGUUAUCGAUCAUCGUUCUGUUCUUCAUGUCAUCCAAUGCGCUAAAACUUGUAGUCAUUACGGUAUUCUCGGCAUGUUUCUCCCUUGCACUCGCUCUGACAACGAAUGCGCGACGAAUCGAGAUUUUCGCGGCUACAGCGGCUGGGGCCGUCUUUGAGGAGCACCAGCAUGUCUCCGCGCCAGUUCAACUCCCCACAACUGCUUUGCCAUUUGCCGAGCGCAAACAUCACCAGACUUUCUGA